AUGAAAGGCAUCAAAUGGAACAAGAACGCAUUCCCACCGUUGAACCUCACAGCACAGCAGGAGUCAAAAUUCCGCCACCUGGCACGCGAUUUGGUGCGUGAGACGUUGGCACAUGCCGAUUCGUUUCAAAAAUUGCCGGAGUCCGAACGGGACUUGGCCAAACACACAGGAUGGAAAAGGGUCAAGACCCGAGCCAACUUGACGGUCUUCAAGGAGCGACACCCGCCCAAAAUCAUCACGGGGACGUGCUUCGACACUCCGGAGCACCAGAGACUCAUCGAAAACAAGUGGAAGACGCCUCGACUGAUGAUGAGCGUGGGUUCAAUUGGUGGCUCGCUUGACGACGUCAUGUACGGUGUCGUAAUGGCCGAUGCCCAAGACAUGAUGCUAAAAACUGCCAUAAUGCGCUAUCCGCUUACGGACGGCGCUGUACUAGCGCAGAUUGACGGACCUUCGUCCGACGUACCGUUCCGGUUUCUUGGAAUCAAGUGGCUCGUCCGAGGACCUCCCGCCAUAUUUCGGGGCUUUGUGCAGCUGCAAGACUUGGUAGUCAUCGAGGCAACGGGGGUCUUCACGCGCUCCAAUGGCGAACGCAUCGGUUAUCAAGUACUGCACUCGGUGGACUUGGACGGAUAUGACACGCUACCUGGACGCUGUUUGAUGCGCGGGAGAAUCUCAAGCUGUAAGAUCUUUAUAGAGAAACAGAGUGGGCGACGAGUUGACGUGUACGUUCGCGGCUACGUGGAGCAGCACGGCAAACUGUUAAAUUCGGUGGUUCUCAAAACGGCGUCAACGGAAUUUCUGAGCGCAUGCAAUGCUGCCGAAUGUAGCCAGGUCAAGAAGCUUCAGUGGUUUCUUGAAAACCCACAGCGUGUGACUUGGGAGCAAGACGCAGCGAUGUGCUCCCAGGGCCCCGUCGCUGGAACACCGAUGCUAUCGCACGCCAGUACGAGCUAUACUGAGUCAAGAAGCAUCUUUUUGCAUAGCUCCACUGCAAUCAGCCUCAAUGAUCGGUGCGGUGGCACAUGUGGCCGCAAAAUGAAGAAAGCUGGCGUGUGCUCGCUCUGUCACAUUGCAGUAUGCUUCAAGUGCCACGUUAGCAAAACGCUAAUCUCCACUACAUGCGAUCUAAAGCUUGAACGUCAAGAGCGUGUCAUUUGCCGGUCGUGUGUGGCAAAAGUUCGAUUUGAGCCUGUGAUAAGUAUCGCAAAGCAGGAAAUCGACGAAGGCCGCUACCGCUGUUGUCUCAGCAACCAGUCUCGGCAGGCACCAUCUGUCAUUGCACACGCGCCAUGGUCCGCAGUACCCUCACCGUCCUGUAGAUAUGCUAGCGCAGACCCUACUUCAGAAUCGAACUUCUUCAUGGCAGAUCCGAAUGCAACUACACACUCGAACGUUGAUUCCUCAGGCAGUGCUGUCAGCGCCAUGGUUCUUCAGUGUCUACAACAGCUUGAGCAGCAACAAGGUCAGGUUCCUAACGCUCGUCUUGAACGCUCUAGGUCUUGCUGGUUUGGUCGUCACAAGAAGCGGAAGCAGGUGAAUGACGAGUGGAGGCCAGUGCUGUUCGAAGAAUCUACGAUGCUUCGUGAGUGCCAGUCGAGAACUCUUUCGCAAUGUUCGACGGUUGCCGAUUCUAUGAGCACAACCUCACCUAUCAAUUCGAUCAGCUGGCCUUUAUCCAUCCAAGACAGCGAGAGAUACACCGCCGUGGACGAAAACAACGAGGACGGCUGGUCCAUCACUCCCGCGUUUACAGAGUCCAAACAAGAGCGCCAACAAUUGUGGCAACAAUUGACGGAGUUGCAAAUUGCCGUGGAAAACACGUACCAGAUUGCAAAGCGUACAACAGCUUCUUGCUGCGGUCUGGGCUUCAGCUCCGUUGGAGAAAGAACAAGUGAACAGAUUUAA